GCGAGCGACAUGGAGCUACACGUGCGGUGCGCGCUCACGGUGCUGGCGGCGUGUUGCGCAUGGAGCGCUUCCGCGCAGGAGCCCGUGUGGGCGGACACCGAGGCGGGGAGGGUGUGCGGCGGCUACGACCCCAAUGGUGACUACGCUUACUUCCUCGCCGUACCUUACGCCAAGCAGCCUCUCGGUGAACUCCGCUUUCAGGAACUGCAGCGUCCGGAUCCAUGGACAGAAUGCCGGCCCGCGACCGAAGAGGGCCCUAUUUGUCCCCAGCGGGACCUUUUCUAUGGGCCAAUCAUGCAUCCCCGCGGUCAGAGUGAGGAGUGCAUCCACGCCAAUAUCUACGUCCCUCUGAAGUCGUUGCCCUGCAGAGCGCGCGGCGAGAGUCGUCCGCUGCUGCCGGUGCUGGUGUAUGUGCACGGUGGAGGCUUCGGCUUCGGCUCGGGAGACCCGGACGCACACGGCCCGCAGUACCUCGUCAAAGAGAAUGUUGUCGUCAUUACGUUUAAUUACAGGGUUGGAGCUUUCGGUUUCCUGUCCCUUAACUCGUCGAGUGUCCCCGGCAACGCUGGUCUCCGGGAUAUGGUGACGCUGCUGCGCUGGGUGCAGCGCAACGCCGAGGCCUUCGGUGGCAACCCCCACGACGUCACGCUGGCCGGACAGAGCGCCGGCGCUUCCUCCGUCCAUCUGCUCUCACUUUCUCAAGCAGCAAAGGGACUUUUCAAGAGAGCCAUUGCGAUGAGUGGUGAAGGAUCAAGAAAUUUUUUCACGUCAUCGCCAGCUUACGCGCAAACAGUAUCGGAGUUAUUCCUCGGUUAUCUAGGCAUCAACAGUACUGAUCCCGAAGAGGUGCACCAAAAGCUUAUUGUUCUUCCGCUGGAGCAGAUCAUUCAAGCCGAAAUACAGAUUCAGGACUACACGGGUCUCCUCACAUUCAGUCCCGUGGUCGAAUCCGAACACCCGGGGGUUAAUAUAAUCUUGGACAAUGACCCGGAAGUGUUACAAGCGCAAGGUCGAGGCAAAGAUAUCCCCUUCAUAAUUGGCUUCACAAACGCAGAAUGCGAAACAUUUAGACCACGAUUUGAACAGAUCGACAUUGUCGAAAGGAUUAAAAAGACGCCUUCAGUGGUGGUGCCCUUAGGGGUUACUUACACGACCCCGCCAGCGGAGCUUCCUAAUAAAAUUGCGAGCAUUCAAGAGGAAUACUUUAGUGAAUCGUUGGAUAUGGAGGCGUUUUUGAGCUACUGUACAGAAGCUCACUUCAUAUAUCCGGCGCUGAAACUGGCAAAGACGAGAGCCGCCAACAAGGGAGCCCCUGUAUUCUUGUACCGGUUCGCGUAUAACGCGGACAACAGCGUGUACAAGAAAGCGCUCAAUCUGACGUACUUUGGCGCCGGCCACUCGGAGGACCUCACCUUCGUGUUCCGAGCCAAUCACGCGCUGGGAGAUACGAUCGAGUCGGCCGCAGACAGUGACAUGGUUACGAAAAUGACGGCGUGCUUCACUCACUUCAUGCGACAUGGUAAACCAACGAAGAACGUCGAAUACAACGCAGACAAUAGCAUGUUCACGAAAAUGUCCAAGUUAUUCUACGCUAGCUUCAUACCAUACAGUAAACCAAUGACGAACGUCAACGGCUGGCGGCCGGUGUCGGCGGCGGAAGUAACGGAUAAGUACGCCCCGUACAACAACAUAGUCAACUACGAGGAGGCCGACCAGUGGCCGAAAUACCAGAGGGUAACCAAGUUCUUCGACAGCAUUUACGAGACCAGCCAUUUAGCACCCGACCCGAAUACAAAGCUUGCUUUCGUUAGCCAACUGUACACACCUAUUGCAAACUAUGCAGGCGGGAUAGAAUUAAAUCAUUCCCAGGACACGCACCGGUGGCUCACUGUGGACGCACGAUGCGUUGCAGCGAUAAUCGCCCGUCGCUUAUUGAAUACUGACAGUUCCACAAUAAAAGCUAAUUGCUCAAGCAGUAAUAGAAAAAAUUUGCAACAAAGUAUUCGCAACGAGCCCAGUAACAUUCUAGUGUUCGGUAAGGUGUGGGAUAUGUUCAGUUUGUUGGUGUUGACGUGUUUGGUGGUGAGGAGCGAGCAGAAUGUGGUGCAGACGGCGCAGGGGAUGCUGCGGGGCGAGGCUGGGGACGGGGUCGUGUCAUACCGCGGGAUCCCGUACGGCACGCUCCGGGGAGAUACCAGGUUUAAGCUUGCCGGUCUGGCUCCGUCAUGGGCCGGGCUCCGCGAGUCGGAGAAGCCGACGUGUUCGGCGUCGUCGGCGGAGCACUGCCUGCAGCUGGACGUGCACGUGCCCACGGCGGGCGCGCCCUGGCCCGUGCUGGCGUGGGUGGCCGGCGGCGGCGGGCCCUACCACCCCGGCCUGCUGGUGCGGCAGGGGGUCCUGGUGGUCGUCAUACACCACAGAUUAGGUCCAGUGGGGUUUCUCUGCACGAAGGAGGAACAGAUACCGGGUAACGCCGGUGCAAAGGAUGUGGUGUCAGCGCUGAGAUGGGUGCGGGACAACAUCGUGGCGUUCAGAGGAAACCCUGCGAAUGUAUUAGUGGGCGGGCAGGGCUUCGGGGCUGCGAUCGUCGAGGGACUGACAAUUAGUCCUAUGGCUGAGGGCCUGUUCCACGGAGCUAUUAUGCAAAGCGGGACGAUAUUAAGCCCUUGGGCCUUUAAUUACGACUCGACUGAACGCGCCCUCAUGCUUGGAAAAUUAUAUACCGGCAGUGACGCGAUCGCGUCAUAUUUAAUCAAAGCUAAUGACGUCGAUUUAGCAGACAAGGCUGACAAGCUCAACUUGCCUUAUUACCCCUUCGGAAUGUGUGCAGAGAAAGCUUUUAAGAGGGAAGAGAGAUUUAUUUCUGAGCCGCCGUUCGAUUCGCUGUCGAAUCACAAAGCACGAAGCGUUCCGAUGAUUAUAGGGUUCAACAGCGAGGAAGGAUACGUCUUUGCGGCAAUGUUGAAAGCAUUGCGAAUAUUGAAGAGGAUGGUCAAAAAUUUUAAUAUUUUACUUCCGGAAGAAUUGAAGAAUUUGAACGACAGAGAAUUAAAGCGAAUUAAAGAGAUUUACUUUGCUGGCAAAGUUAAUAUGUCCGACGUUCUCGCAUAUCAUAGAGACGCGUACUUCGUAAGCCACGUGCACCGCAGCGCGCGGUUACACGCCGCGUCCGCGCCGGUGUACUUCUACCAGUUCUCACACUCCGGCGCAUGGGGCGUGGAACCCGAGCGAGGGAUCCCCAAGACCGGGGCUGCCCAUGGAGAUGAACUGGCUUUACUGUUCCCAGAUAAGGGCCAGGAGUUGGAAGGGGAGGAUGGAGAGGUGCAACGCUCGAUGGUCCGGCUUUGGACUAACUUUGUCAAGUAUUUGCAACCAACGCGCGACGAAUCGCCUCGCUGGGAGGCAAGCACCGACAACCUUCUAGACAUAACUGCCGGCAGCACAACCAUGCGGCCCUUCCCACACUCCCGGGCCUGUCGUCUCUGGGACGACCUCUACGAGCGGCACUACUACAACAGGCUACGGAACAAUGGCUAGGA